GCCAGCGUUGCAAAGCAAGGGAGUGGUCGUAACGAUCCGAGGGGCGUGGUGAAGUCUACGUCACCCACUUCAAGCGAGUCAAUAGCUUUCACUACGCUUAACUGCUGUAGAAUUAGCUACCCUACCUAGCAGGAUCGGUGUCACCGUCGUUUCGCUUCAUUUUAUGACAAAAAUGGAGAUCAAUGGAUGCAACAUCCAGGUUCUGUUACAAGCUGCCGAAUAUUUGGAAAGAAGAGAAAGAGAAGCGGAGCAUGGCUACGCAUCUGUACCUCCUUUCUACAGUAAAGGGGCAUCCGAUAAGAGGGGCAAACAAAAAAACAAGAAGAGCGAUGCGGACAGCACAAGGUCGGUGCACAAUGAACUGGAGAAGCACAGGCGGGCGCAGCUGAGGCAGUGUCUGGAGCAGCUGAAGCAGCAGGUGCCUCUUUCCUCGGACUCAGUCAGGAACACCACGCUCAACCUGCUGAGACGAGCUCGUCUGCACAUCAAGAAGCUGCAGGAGCAGGACGAGCGGGCGGAGCGGCUGAAGGACAGGUUGCGCUGGGAGCAGAGGGGGUUGCGCGUGAGGCUGGAACAGCUCCAGGGCUCGGAGAGGAUCCGCAACGACAGCCUGGGGUCCACCGUGUCUUCAGAACGGUCCGACUCCGACAGAGAGGACAUGGAGGUGGACGUGGAGAGCAUGGUCUUCGUGUGUCUGGAGUCGGACGGCCUGGGGGCCACGCAGACGGAGGGCGACCACAGCUACUCCACGCCCGGCUGCGCCUGGCUAUGACAUCGGAUCGCCCGCUCGGUCGAGCGCUUCGGCUGAAAACAUUCCCAAAAAAAAAAACAAACAAAAAAAAACAACAAAAAACGGAAGAAAAAAGAAAAAAAAAAUGUGGUGCGGCGGUGGACGAGAGAAAAAAACUGAGAAAGUGGCGGCCGGGACCUCUUGUAGCGCCCCCCCUGCGUACGGCGGAGCGGAUAGGCCGUGCGCGUUUUACGGUGUAACGGCGCGUUUGAGAACCCACCCCGGGCCGCGUCGUCGAGUCGUCGGUUGAGUAAUCCGACAGGGGCCGGGGAAGAUCGAUGCCUCAAGCGCCCUGCGGAAACACGAUGGGGAAUUCCCCAGUUUCAAACCCGCUCAGGGAGGGCCAAGUCAUCGGCCCUGCGUAAAAACUUCACAAAAGUGCCAGAAGAUCGCCUUAGUCAGUAUAAGAUCUGACCCCCCGACAGCAUGCGUCCCAGAACUCCUGGCUUGUGGGAAAUGGAGUUUUGGUGGGACAAGCGUGUGUCCAAUUAGACACCAUGUUGAUAUUUUUAAGUAAAAGCAGCUUUGGGGUUUUUUUUUUUUUUUUGUCUUUACUGAGCCGGAAGACUUCCUCCUACAUAAAAAUAGCUGUGUACAAAACCGUUUGGCUUGUUUAGGGUAAGUGUCCUCAAAUAGCUUCUGUUUCACUGUGAAGCAGGAAGUUUCGACUGAGAGAUUCUGGUCCUCAAUUGGCUCUUUGGAAAGACUUUAUGUUUAUUAAUAAUAAUAAUAAUAAUAAUAAUAAUAAUAAUUAUUAUUAUUAUUGUUAUUAUUGUUAUUGUUAUUAUUAUUAUCACCAUUAUCUGAGGGAGCACACAAGGCUUGCAAAGUGCCAGGUUAGAUCGGAAGUAGGUUAUGUGGUUUGUACAAGCAGUGUGAUUGGAGGGGAGUUCUGUGUUCACAUGCUGUUAACGAGCAUUUCCUUUAAAAAAAAGAAAUGCACUUGGAGAGUGAGGUGGUGCAGAAGAGACAAUAACUCAAUUUCAAAGAAAUUUAAAAAAAGAACACACGACCAGACCCAAUGUCUGUGCGCAGCACUGUACCAAUGCAAAGCUUACUGAUCCAAAUAGCACAAGGCUCAGCUCAGGUGACUCGAUGCCACCGCUCAGUGGACAGAUUGUCUAUCAUGGCGAUUGUUUCUUGAUGGGUUACUGAAACCAAAAUCAUGGCAUGCAUUCGUUCAUCUCCUCAGUCUGAAUAGUCUGAACAGUUUUGUCUGGUCAUAUAAUACCUUGGAGAGGGAAGACGAGUCAAAAUGUGGAAGAUACCAGGAGAUGAAGCUUUCAAACUGGGCUUCCAAGUCAGACUAAAAGCAUGGUGUUUGGUUUAGGGUUAGGUCAGGUUAGUACUCUUGUCACCAUGCACUUCCACAUUCCGGCUAGCCACCGAAAUAAAAGACUGCAGUUGUGGGUAGGGGAGUCUGCCUCUCUGCCUAGUGGCAAUAUAUAUUUUUAAGGAAUCCGUCUCUACAGGGACCCAUCGAGCCUUGCUGUGGUCCAAUUUGGGCUGGACCACAACUUCUGCUCCACUUUUUGGAUCGCAACCUUUGUUUCCACGGCGACCUUCAGCUGUCCUUUGCACUUCUCUACCUGUGUUUCGUAAAGCUAUCCAGAAUAUUACCUGGAUUAAUAUCAUAUCUGUCUUAUUUAAGCUGAUUUUUAUGUUUCUACUUGUGUUUAUUUUGCCAUUUAAGCUCUUCUUUGAUGUUCUUUUUUUUUCUUCCUUUUUGCACAACAUAUCGAUGCACUUGUACUGACUUGGUUUUAGAUGUCACUUUCAGAUCAGCUAUUGCUAUACUAUACAUUUUCUGCAGUCUUUUGUAAGACACAUGGGUUGAAAAGCAUAGCCUAGGCUAGAGCGUGAUUGUCAGUAGGCAUGAAGCAAUUUGUCAUUAGGUAGUAAGGUCUGAUGGAACAUUCAGAGCUAACCGAUAAAGUCCAUUCUGACCUCAAGAUAAUGCAAAAUAGGAGCAAUUUCAAUGGAAAUGCAGUGGCUUCGUCCUCAGGGUUAAAUAUCUCCUGUAAGUGUUACUUUUUCUUUAUGAAUGCAAUGAGCAUUCAGUGACCACUGUGCUCCUGUUUGCAUAAUGGAAAAAAAAGGAAAAAGUUGGUAAUGAUAUCCAAGGGCAAAGCACUUAGCAAAGUGCCAUAUUAUAGGCACAAUUAACAUUAAUGUUAUGUAGAAAUAUCUGAAAGGGUUAAUUAUGAAUACUUAGGCAUUACUACUCAUACUUUGUUAUGUGAGAUUUGCUUUUCUUUUAUCUCCCGUGUGUAAAUGUACAUGUCCUUUGUGUUAUCCAUGUGCGUAAGCCACUGCAUGAAACUGGAUGUUUAGCAUCAGGUUUUUUUCACUUUUAUUUUACCAAAAACGUUAUUAGUUUUUUUUUUUGGGGGGGGGGGGGGGGGGGGGGGGAGGCCCUAACAGCGAACACUGUAUAUGGAUUCAUUUCAAACAAAGCAAAUAGCAUUUUGACUGGCUUACCCUGUUGAUACAAUCACAGGAUAUUGGGGUGGGUAGCAUCAUUACAUCUAUUUGGUGUGGGUCCUAGCCUUUGAACAAUAAUCAAGUAUUAAGUGUGUGUGCUUUUAUUUCCAGAUUAAUGCACAUCGGUAGUUGUAAGAAUCAACUUGAGACAAGGUCAGACCUUGGGCCUGAUUUACUAAUUUACUAAUAACCUUUAGCACGUGUUAAAUUUUUUAGCAGGUGCGAAACCAGUAACGUGAGCAAGGGUAUUUGAUUUGCACCAAUUAUUGGAUGUGUUAAUGUUUCAGUGCAUGUACUGAAGGUCUUAGUAAAUCAGGCCCUAAGUGUCACCCCUUGUUUAACUGAAAGGAAAUGUAUAAUCCCCUUUUCCAGUUUGGCUUUAACUGUAAUGUAAGGCAGAUUUACUUUUUAUAUGGUAAAUUUAAGAGGUACAGUAAUUAUAGAAGGUAAGGUUUGCCUUCUAUUUUACAGUGAAGUCAAUCUGCAAUAUAGGGUGUUUAAAUUUCAUUUUUAAGGUGACAUUUCGGGCACAAAAUUUGGCAGAGUUAGGCUGUUGGAUAACGUCACCAAAAAAAGCCUGUCCCUAGAUUCAUAGCACUUACCCCUCCCCACUCCACUAAGAGUCUUCCAGGACUAUAGCAGGGAUCAUUAAAUAGGGAUAUUACAGUCAUGAAGUCACUGUACUGGCUAAAAACAGAGUUCCACCAAUCUUUUUUUGGUAACCAAACACCUACAGUGAUUGGUGGAUACUAACUGCUAAUACCCACUGGAAGCCAGGAAUCGCAGUUUGAAAGACAGUCAUGAGUGUGCUAUGAUUCCUGAUGGGUUUUUUUCUAUUGGUUCCUACCAACAUAUUCCAUGUUUGGUGCCAUUCCUCUCUUGAUUUGCUACUAGUGACAUCAUGGAUGUCCCUUUUGGGAGCUUGGAAGUAAAGCCAGAAAGUGUUUUUGGCCACCAAUCAUCAUCAGUGUUGUUCCAUUGAUUAACAACGUAUUUAAAGAUAGGUGGAGCACGUUUUCUACCAGGAAGGUGGCGCCCCUCCUCUCUAGGUGGAAUGUCCUCUAUGGUAUACACAGACCUUUGAUAUGCAUCUCACUGCUUGGUGAAAAUAUGCAAAAAAAAAAAAAAAAUGCAUUUUUCCUAUUUAAAUGCUUUGAGUACUCAGUCUUCUCUUAUGUUACUGUGUAGAUCAUGCAAGAUGGAUGUAGUAUCUCUGAAAACAAUACUUCUCUACCGACACCCGUUAUAAAAAAUAAGGACAGUGCCUUCUUGUUUGGUGUCUUUAAUAUCCACACACUUGAAGGCUUGUGAUCUAAGAUGGUGAUAACAUUGCAACAGCUGUUAAAAAAAAAACUUGUAUCAUUUGUGUGUAACCUGUAAGAUUCCCCCAGUAAUCUGAUGUAGCAAUCUUUUAUACUAGUAUGCAUUUGUAUAAUAAAUAUUUUAUAUAUUUAA